AUGGAUCGUUACUAUACUGCCGAUGGCUGUGAAGACAUCCGUCGCGACGUUGAUGCAGCCGGAGAGCCACUCAUCCCCCACGUGGAAGCGCUCGUCAAGCGCGGGGAGGCCAUUUCGGUCUAUGACUACUGGCAACUCAAUAAGCAAAAGAUUGCACUGCAGAAAAAAUACCUCGACAAGUGGAACGCCGCACGAUCGGCGUCGGGACAGCCAGUUGAUGUCCUCUUGUCCCCCACCAUGCCGCACUUGGCAAUUCCCCAUCGCCAAGUGCGAUGGGUUGGCUACACGAAGAUUUGGAAUCUGCUUGACUACCCCGCGGUCACUCUUCCCAUCGACCAGGCGAGAGAAGGUGUGGAUGACCUUCCGGCGGAGCCAUAUCAACCACGCAAUGAGCUUGACGCCUGGAACUGGGGCCUGUACGAUGUAAAGGCCUCGGAAGGCCACCCAAUUGGGGUACAGGUCAUCGGGCCGAAGCUAAAUGAAGAGAAAGUGCUAGGAGCUGCAAGUGCUAUUGAGAAAAUUUGGAGAGGGUAA